UAUAGAAACAAAUCAACCAAGAGAAAAAGUGCACAACUUUAACUGAAAGAUAAACUUGCAGUGAAGGAAGUAAUGGCUGCUGCAACUUCUCCUCUCCCAAAAUCCAUUUCACCUUUUCUCACAACUUCACCUUCCAUUCCUUCGACCCGCUUCAUAAAUGCACCCUUCUUGAAUACACAUCAUCCAUUUGGGCACACCCAAAAAUGGGCUGCUCUCCGAUGUAAUUCCAAGAAGAGGAACCCAUGGCUGGACCCUUUCGACUAUGGCGAGGACCCGGAUAUGGAAUAUGGGUCUCUGUUCACAGAGGGAAAGCAGGAAGAGGAUACCAGACCUCCCGAUAAUCCUGACAACCCAUACGGAUUCUUGAAAUUCCCCAAGGGGUUUAAUGUGGAAAUUGCUUCGCUGGGGCUGAAGAUCAGGGGCGAUGUGAGGAGGUGUUGCUGUGUGGUUGAUGGUGGAGUGUACGAGAAUUUGCUGUUUUUUCCGGCGGUUCAGCUGAUUAAGGAUAGGUACCCCGGUGUACAGAUCGAUAUUAUCGCCAAUGCCAGAGGCAAACAAACGUAUGAGAUGAACAAGAAUGUGAGGUUUGCUGAUGCAUAUGACCUGGAUGAUGAUUUUCCUGAAUCAGCAGAUGUAUUGGAUAUUCUUGGAAUUAUGAAGAAUAGAUACUAUGAUUUGAUCUUAUCAACCAAACUUGCUGGGCUUGGGCAUGCUGCAUUCCUGUUUAUGUCGUCUGCCCGGGAUAAAGCCAGCUAUGUUUAUCCAAACGUGAACGCUGCAGGGGCGGGAUUGUUCCUAAACGAAUCAUUCAAAGCAGAUAGUACGAUUCUAGCUGAAGCUGGAUUUCAUAUGUAUAAGGAUAUGCUUCAUUGGUUGGGUAGACCGGGGCGAAAGGUUCCUCGAACGCCUGUGCCUCCUCUUAAGAUUUUGAUCCCCAGAAAGGUGAGGGAAGUAGUGGAGGCGAAGUAUAUCAAUGCUGGGGUACAAAAGGGCAAAUAUAUCGUGAUUCAUGGGAUGAAAUCAGAUUCGAAAGCUUCAAUGCAGUCUAGAGGUGAUACUGAUAGUUUGCUUCCCAUUGAAAUCUGGGCUGAGAUAACCAAGGAAAUUAGGGGACUGAAACCACUCUUUGUGAUCCCACACGAGAAAGAGAGGGUGAAUGUGGAAGAUGCGGUUGGAGAUGAUGCUAAUAUAGUCUUCAUUACCACGCCUAGCCAGCUUGCUGCCCUGGUGGAUGAGUCUGCUGGGGUGAUAGCUACAAACACCGCUGCCAUUCAACUUGCACAAGCUCGACAGAAGCCAAGUGUGGGAUUAUUCUGUUCGGAGGAGAAGGCGAGGUUAUUUGUUCCAGAUGGGGAAGAAAAAAAGUGUGCAACCAUUUCAUCCAAGUCUGGGAAAUUGAUAGACAUUGAUGUUGAAGAAGUGAAGAGGGCAGUCCAGAUUUUUAGCUUGCCUCUAGCUAUAUUCUAGAUCACAUUUUUCUUGUGUAUAUCUAUCUGUUUAAACAUAUGUUAAUCUUAGCAUUUAAGAAUGCAAUGCUAAUCUGUAAAUGAGAAUUCAAAUUUCAAUGGCAAAGCUGAGUUCUGCUACUGCAA